AUGUCUGAAUUUAUACUAGACGAAAUCGAGAUCUUCACUCCUGUGCAUGAUGUAUACCCAUUGAUAGAUCCCGCAUCGCAAUUCGCGAACCAGACUUUCAAGGACAAGGUUGUAAUCAUCACCGGAGGCUCUGUUGGAAUCGGAUACACCACGGCCCUCUUCUACGCUCGUGCUGGCGCAAAGGUCGUCAUCGUCGCGCGCCGCAUCGCGGUUCUCGAAGAGGCCAAGCAGAAGAUCGAGAAGGAGGUCAAGGGAGCUCAGGUCCAGGUCGUCGCUGGUGACAUCUCCGAGCCCGAGCUUGGCAAGCGCGUCGUGGAUGCAGCGGUGAAAGCUUGGGGCAGAGUCGACAUUGUGAUAGCCAACCAGUUCAGUGUUGUAGGUGGUCCUAUCGGCAAACUCGGAGACAAAGAUCCCGCGGCAUGGUGGAACACCCAAGUGGUCAAUGUUCGCGGAACUCUCAACAUCGUGCAUGCGGCACUUCCCGAGCUUCUCAAGACCAAAGGUCAGAUCAUCGCUACCACGUCGGCUGCGGCGCACGCUCGCUUCCCGCCAUUCAUGGAUUAUAGCGUCAGCAAACAUACUCUGGACCGCUUCAUCGAGAUCCUUGCUCUCGACUACCCGGAGAUAUCAUCAUACGCCGUUCAUCCUGGAGCUAUCGUCACGCCCGGUGCCACAACUACGUUGACCGAGAUGGGUCUCCAGGGCGUGCUCCCGCAGCCCGAUACAGUCGAGCUUGCUGCCGCGACGUUCCUCUGGCUCACAGGACGCAACGCUGAGUUCUUGAGCGGCCGCUAUGUGCAGGCCACUUGGGACCUCAACGAAGUUCUCGCCAAGAAGGACGAGAUUGUGCGAGACAACCUGCUCGUCACCAAGUUGGCAGGUCCCGCAAAGUCCGCGUAA